AUGGCUUCGAUGAAAAUUGUUCAACUUCUCUUCUUUGCUUUGUACGUCGCUUGUACUGCAAAUGGAGGAAAUCAACAACGUAUCUGCAUGCAACUGGAAGCCAUAAAUGUCGAGGAAGAAGAAUCUGGACGUACAAGAAACCCUUAUUCUUCUAGACCAGGAAAACGAGGCGCAAAAGGCGAUGUUGGCCCAGCAGGAUUAAAGGGAUCGUCCGGAGAAGUUGAUUAUAGAAGAAUGAACCGAGCAAUUCAAGAAAAUGUAGAAAUUGAAUGCAAUCGAGUCAACACGGGAUUGGUUGAAAAAAUUAAUAAAAUGGAAGAAAUGAUUCGAAAAAUGAAUAGCUCUAUCCCUGAUCCUCGAAUUCUGCUGAAGUUACAAGGUCUCUGUGCCGUACAGUACCGCGGUCAUUGCUUCUGGUCAUUAGUGCAUUCAUCCAAGGAUAUCAAUAUGGAUGAAGCCAGAAGAAUUUGUGGAGAAAACAAUGGGCUUCCUGCGAACGUUUAUAACCAGCAACAUAUGAACGACUUGAUGGUUGAAAUUCGUCACAAAAUAUCGUCAGGUAGUCUUAUCUGGACUGGCAUGAAAGUAGAUAUAUUGACAAAUGCAGUUCUCAUGCGUGACGGAAGUCGGUCACCCUAUGUUAAAUGGUGGGAUAGUAAAUUUCCACAAGAAGAAGAAUCAGGUUUGUAUAUCUACGUUCUUACUGAUUCAUCAUCCAGCGGACAAGGAAUGGGAAACGAUCCUCCUAUAAACAGUCUACAUGGCGUGAUUUGUGAAAAAUAA